AUGGAAGCCCCUAUCUACGAUGAUGUCGAUUUGUCAUCCAAUGUCAACGACCACAAGUGGGAUAAGGAAGAUGUUUAUAUACACGGGGAAGAUCAAGAUGGCACUUCACAAGCAAAUCGACAAACCAAGACGUGGGCGAAUCAAGCAGCAGAUGACUUGGACAAGUGGGGAAAUCAGGUCGCAUAUAUCCACAAAUCCGUGGACCCAAACAAGGAUACAACUCAGAUCGUCAUCAAGUAUGUUGUCACGCCUACUAUGGAAGAUCAGCUACGAGAAGCAUUUAGCCGAUUUGGAGUCGUGAAGUAUGUCAACAUUGUACCAAACACGUUUCUUAAUUAUACAGCGACUGAUGUGGUCGAUAUCGACAAGGACGAGGAUAACAUAUCGGCCAUCGUCGUGGAGCAUAGUCGACAACGGCAUUGCUCUGGUACACUCAUUAUUGCAUCACGAGCCACUUGUGCCAGCCCUCAUUCUUUUCAUCCUACUGCAUUAUUACUUUCAAGACGUAAAAUGACGCCAUCUAGUCAAGCACAUCCUACUCUCACGACGACGAAUAAUCCACCCAUCAUCAAGCAUAAUUCAUCUGAAGCUGAGCCUGUGAAAAAGUCACGAUUCUCGCCAUCAUAUUAUGAUGUAUAUCCGAUGGCGAAUGGUGGGGGUUAUUCACCUGGGAAUGGUAUUUAUCAAUCGAACUCAUUUACAAGAUAUUCUGGCACCCAUUCCCCCUAUCCAAAUGUGAGCCAAUACUCGAGCAAUGGUACUCAAGCAACUGUAAUGAAUGGUCCACCAACUCCACAAUUUGUUCAAGGAUCGCUUGGACCAUCUUCACCUAUUACAUUGGCAUCCACUUUUUCAACACCGCAAUUCCAAAGUCCAGCUGCUUAUAUGCCAUCUCCUCAGCUUUCGCCAGCAUCUCAUCAAACAGCCAGAACAGUUUAUAUCGGCAAUAUUCCAACUGAUACUUCUAUAUCUGACAUCUUGGAUCACGUAAGAGUUGGUAAUAUCGAUUCUGUACGUCCGUUGCCAGAGAAAAACUGUGCUUUUAUCACAUUCGUCGAAGCAUCAUCAGCUGCACAGUUCUAUCACGAAGCAACGUCUAAGAAACUUAUUGUAAAUGGCGCUGAAUUAAGGAUUGGAUGGGGUCGACCAAGUUCUAUACCAGCCAACAUCCACGUGGCACUUCAAAACGGUGCGAGCCGAAACGUGUUUUUCGGUUCGCUUGAUGAUACUGUCACUGAACAAUAUCUCCGAGACAACUUAUUACGCUUUGGCCACAUUGAGCAUAUCAAGCUGAUCAAGGACAAGAACAUUGCCUUUGUACAUUUCCUUAGCACUUUUAAUGCUAUCAAAUGUGUCACUACACUACCAACUGAACCACAAUGGGCUUCACGUCGUAUCAACUAUGGCCGUGAUCGUUGCGCUCCAUUAUCUAAAUCUUCUUCCAACAUGGUCCUGGCUCAGCACCAUCCCAUGUUUUCACCAUCUACUGCCUAUCCUGUACGAUUCCCAUCAUAUGAUCCUUAUGCCGUCGCUGCUACUGUCGAAGCUUAUCCAACUGGAGCCCCUGCAACGUUGACAGGUUCAAACGUUGACCAAGCACCUUUGGUGGGAAUCGCCAACCGAACCAUCUAUCUGGGCAACAUACACCCUGACACUACCUGCGAAGAAAUUUGCAAUGUUAUCCGUGGUGGUAUCCUAAGCCAAAUUCGUUACUUACAGGAUAAACAUAUUGCAUUUAUCACUUUUGUGGACCCAGCCCUCGCCUUGCAUUUCUUUAAUCAAUCUAUAUAUCAUGGUCUUAUCAUCAAAAAUCGGCGGCUUAAAAUCGGAUGGGGCAAGGCAUCAGCAUUAUCCCCGGCUGUCAUCAGUGCCGUCCAGAAUGGUGGUUCACGCAAUGUAUAUCUUGGCAAUAUUGAUGAAACUAUUACCGAGGAGAAACUCAAGCAAGACUUUUCCGACUAUGGCGAAAUUGAACUUGUCAACACAUUGAAAGAGAAGAACUGCGCGUUUGUCAACUUUACUAGUAUUGCCGCUGCUGUUCGGGCAAUCGAAGGCAUCCGUGCAAAGGAGGAGUACAAGAAAUAUAGGAUCAACUAUGGGAAGGACCGAUGUGGUAAUCCCCCACGGGCUCAUCGAGCAGGACAGCGUAUGCCAGAUGCACCGUUUAUCACACCUAAUGUAACUUCAACCGACCUUGACGAAGCAGAUAUUGCAAAGGAGUCAGUGACAGCAACCGAAGCCCUCAUCAACGAUGACUCGCAUGGACAUGUUAAUGGCGUCUUACAAAAUGUCCUUGUUCCUAGUGGGUAG